UUUGCUUGUGAACGGCUGGAGUCAUGUUGAAAGGUAAAGUUGCAGUUGUGACUGGAGCAGCGAUGGGGAUCGGACAAGCAACUACCAAGUUAUUUUUGCAGAACGGUGCCAAGGUGGCCCUCCUGGAUGUGAAUGAAACUGCAGGAAACAGUGCGAAGGAAGCUCUGGAUGAAGAGCACGGAGCAGAAAGCACUCUGUUCCUUCAGUGCAACGUGGAGUCUGACAAGGACGUCAAAGAUGCUUUCCGAGCCACAGUGGAGACCUUCGGCGGGAUCGACAUUGUGUGCAACAAUGCUGGCAUCCUGAAUGAGGACAACUGGGAGAAGGCUCUGUCCACAAACCUGGCCGGGGUCAUCAGGGUGGGCUUCGUGGCUCUGGAGCAUAUGAACAAGCUAACUGGAGGUCGGGGAGGAGUCAUCGUCAACACGGCCUCGUUGGCAGGUCUCAUGCCAGCACCGGUCUUCCCCGUCUACUCGGCCACCAAACACGGCGUGGUGGGUUUCACGCGAUCCAUGGCGGCUGCCUCUGUUGUCUUGGGCUAUGGUAUUCGCUUCAAUGCUCUUUGCCCCGCCAUUGUUCAAACCAACCUCUUGACCACCAUGGAGGCCCAGAUGGGGCAGUUCUCCACCCUGUACCACCUGGUGGAAAUGACCGUCCGCUCGGGGGUUCUGAAUGCGUCUGAGGUGGCUGAGGGCGCCCUGGAGCUGCUCACCGACGAGACGAAGAACGGGGAAGCCCUCAUCCUCAAACACGACGAGAAGAAAUACAUGACGUUCCCUUCACCGUGAGCAGCCUGAGAAAUCGUGGCCGCCUC